CCUUUUCGAUACUUACAAAACCUCUCUUCUAUUCCCUCAUUUAAUGCUCAAGUUUAUGGUACAAAAAUCUCACUCUCUUCACCACUUCACUCUUCUUUCACUAAAAUAAAUAAAGAGCAGGGUCCAAUCCUCAAACAUCCCAUAAUCAUUGAACCCCCGGUUACUAUAAUCUUACAUUAUUAAAUUCUUGAUUUUUUUCACAUUAGGUGACCCUUCUCCUUUUCUUUAUUCCUUUUUAUGUUUUCUACUCUGUGGGUAUUAAAUAAUUGUCUCAUUUGUCACUGCCAAUAACUUUUCUUCACACUCUUUAAUCAGCUUUGAGCACCACAACAGAAGUUGGUAAAAGCUGAACUCUCUGCAUUAGUUAAAGGGUAAGCUUUACUUAAUCACAUUUGCUUUAAAAGUUUGGAACUUUUUCUGCUUUUGCUUCUCCCCUUUAUCUCUCAUCCUUUUUAGGGGGUUCUGCAAGAAGCACUUUUUCCUUUUUAAUUUUGUGUAUAUAGAAGUACAUAAGUGGCAAUUGGAAUAACCAACUUUCUUGCUGAUUGUUUUUUUUUACUUCUUGUUCUGAACUCUGGGGGCAGGAGAUACUGUUAAUUAAAUUCUGGGGGCUUGAAAUCGGCUUCUCUGUAAGGUUUUGUCGAUUUUCUUUUGAACCUACUAGUAAUAAAUUUGUUCCAAUGCUGGCAGUAUUUGGACUUUAAAACUCUUCCAGUGGUCCUCACUUUUGAUGACUGUGACCUCUAAAUUAAUUCCCAAAAUUGACCACAAUUCCAGGAUUUAAGUAUCUCAUAUUUUUCUUGUAAGAAAAAAAUAGCUUCCCUGUGCUGUUUAAGACAGGCCAUAACCUAGGUAAAAUUUGUAAAUUUUGGAUAGGCAAAAGCUGAAACAUUUUGAAACUAUUUUGGAUUUAUGGUCUCCUAAUUUCUUACCUAUUUGGAUAGAGUCAUUGUUGCAAGAUUUAACCAAGGAAUGUGGCUUGCAUUUUGCCAUUAUUGAAAGUCAUGAAGAAGAAUUCUACUUCCUUGAGGAAUUCGGGUUUGUAUACUAGCCCAGCAACACCAGAAUAUGGAGAUAUUAAUCAUGUCAGAGGAUAUCAAAAGGGCUGGAGUUCUGAACGAGUCCCAUUGCCAAUUAACAGGCAUAUUAGUGCCACUGCAUUGAUGCCUUUCAAUAGUGGAAGGACAGUGCCUUCAAAAUGGGAUGAUGCUGAAAGGUGGAUUACUAGCCCAGUGUCGAGUUACGGUGUUUGGAAGACUCCAAACACGCAACUCUACAGGCGCCCCAAGUCAAAAAGUGGACCGCUUGGGGCGCCUGGGCUUAUGUACUUACCGAACUAUUCACCCUCCAUGCCAGUGUUAGAAGGUGAAAGUAUGAGUAACUUCAUUGCAAAUUCACCAUUUACAACAGGCGUACUUGUGCCUAAUGGUGUAUCCAUUCAUUAUGGUGCUAGAGGUGUUGGAAUCCCUGGUGCUCUAUAUGCUGAGGAUAAUAUGGCUCGAGCAACUAGUGCUCCCCAUCUGUCAGAUUUGUCCAGUGAAUAUUCAGAAACAAGCUCCCAAGAUGAUGACACCAAGGAGCCAGAUUCUGUUUCCUGCACAGUUUCGAGGAGAGACAUGGCUACACAAAUGAGCCCUGAUAGCAGUACACAUGCCUCUCCCCAAGAAAGGUCACCUUCAAUCCCUCCUGGAGUGGGGCAGAGCAAGCAGCAUGUUGCAAAAAUCGAGAUUAGAGACGUGCAGGUUGACAAAGGAGCCCCCUUUUCUGGGCUAUCUCGGAAAAGCCAGGCAAGGAAACCCGAGAAAGAAUUACCAGAUGUGAGUGAGUCAAUUUCACCGUGGGAUGUUGCAGAUGGAGUAAACAGCAUUUCAAAGUCGCAAAGAGAGGAAGCCAGGAUAACUGCUUGGGAGAACUUGCAGAAGGCCAAAGCUGAAGCAGAAAUCCAAAAGCUUGAGAUGAAACUAGAAAGGAGAAGGUCAGCAACCAUGGAUAAGAUUGCGAACAGGCUUAGACAUGCUCAGCUGAAGGCCCAAGAUAUGAGACGUGCAACUUCGGAAAGCCAGCCCCGUCAGUCUCGAAGGGAUUCUCAGAGAAUCAUUCCGUUUCGGGAGUAUUUCAAGAUUGCCUCAUUUAGCAGUUGCUUUGUUUGCCGUAUCCCUUAAUUGUGUACAGGCAUUCUAAAGUAAAAUUCAAGUCAAAUCCUGGAGCAUCUGUUGUUAUUGGUGAUUUUAGGAACUGAUAACUCAUAGCCGACUGCUCUAUUCAGUAUUAUGUAUUCAGGCCUAGUCACUGAAUCUGGCGGAAUUCUGUACAGAUGAUACCUCUCAGUCUCAUGACCAUGAAAUACGCAGCAAGAAUACGUACGCCAAAACCAAUUAUGGUAAAAUAAAAAUGCAGUGGGGGUAUCAGAUGCA